AUGACCAUCACUGUCGGUGGCCAGUGCUUCCCUUAUUUCACGGACGCAGAUGAAUGUGACAUGUGGGCACGUACGCUCGGAUUUCGUGCACAGCUCACAGAGGCCGGGUGCGCCACAUCCAACGGCAUCAUCAGUCCUUCCUUCAACACGGAGGAUGACUGCCUUGCAGCGGCAACUGCCAUUGCAGAUGCCACAUCGUGCGGUGAUGCCACGCCGAUGUGCUUCUUCGCCGACCCAGACUAUCUUCUCCAGGCUGACGAAAGCAACUGCUCCUGCCUUCUCGAGAUUGCACAGGAGCUCGAGUGCUUUGCCUUUCCGUGCCUGCGCGACCCGUGUAAGAACGGUGCCACCUGCGUGACCAACACGUCCUGUGUUGAUGACGUCACCAAUACUUACUGCUUCGAAUGCGAGUGUACCGAUGAGUUUACGGGCCGCUUCUGUGACCAAGAUGCCAACCCCUGCGACACAGACAACGGUGGCUGUGAUGACACGUGCGUGGAUGGCGUGGGUGCACACUACUGUCGCUGCAACAAUCGACCACUGGCAACAGCCGGCAUGGGCGAUUGUGCAUCGUUCUGUGAUUGGACUUGGUCUCUAUUUGAGGACCGUGUCCUGCGCUGUCUUGAUUUCGUCACAGCCCCAGUCGGCACGCCACUAUCAGGCAUUGGGGAUGUUGCUGUACAGCCGCCAACAAGCACGGCUGUCGCUGUUCGAUCCUCUGCAAGCUUGGAUCGCAACCGCUACCUCUCUUUCGAGGACGCGUGUGGUGAUGGUGUUCGCUUGUCUGGGCCGUUUGACUGCACGGGUGGCUGCUAUGUCUCGUUUGACUUCUGGUUUGACGACGACAACGAUGCUGACACUCAUCUCACAGUGACGGCGCGGGCGAGCGACGGCUCAGCCAUUGCAACCGCAACCAGUGACAAGGGCGGCGGAGAGACCGCGUUUGGAGAUGUGGCGCAUACUUCCGGUACAUGGCGGCGGGUUGUGCUGCCACUCAUCACAGGUGACGUCGCCCGACUCGUGUUUCAGGUGGAUGAAGCUUCCACAUGCAAUGCAAACUAUCGUGUGGAUGACGUACUUGUUGCGAUGGCAUAAGCCGUGGUGUGUGUGUGUGUGUGUCUGUCUGUCUGUCUGUGUGUGUGUGUUAGCGUGAGUGUGUGUAUCUGUGCCUGUGGUAGUGUGUCUUCUCAAGAGAUGGCCGUGCGGCUUGUACAGCUAAUUGCGUUGGUUCCUUUUUUGUUUUGUGUUAAACUGAACCCCGGACUGGCCCCACCCCUGCUGUUACCCUGGUUGGCCACACAUUGGCCGCAUUAAAGCACACCCCGCUUCCCA